CUCUCUUGUCUCUACGGAUUCAUGUAUCUCAUAGUUUAUGUGCUUAUACUUAUCUGCCUAUUUUUCAUGCAGUUUCAUUUCCAUUUUUACUAUCUUUCCGUACUACUAUUAGUAAUUGAAUGGAAACCACAAAGCUAUUAUCUCUCUUAAGAGCAUGCAUAGGUUCUAAAUCAGUCAAGCAAGGCAAGCUAAUUCACCAAAAGAUAGUCUCUCUAGGCUUACAAACCAACACUGCCAUUUGCAAAAGCCUCAUCAACUUUUACUUUUCUUGCCAUUUGUAUGACUCUGCAAACCUUGUUUUCCAAACCAUUGAUAACCCAUUAGACAUCUCUUUGUGGAAUGGCCUCUUGGCUGCUUACACCAAAAACUUCAUGUUCAUGGAAGCUCUUGAGCUGUAUGAGAGGCUAUUGCGUUGUCCAUAUUUGAAACCUGAUAGUUACACUUACCCAAGUGUUCUAAAGGCCUAUGGUGGGUUGGGUAGAGUUGGUUGUGGUAAAAUGAUUCAUACCCAUUUGAUAAAAACUGGUUUUGCAAAUGAUAUUGUUGUGGCCAGUGCUCUUGUGAGCAUGUAUGCAAAAUGCAACGCUUUUGAGUAUGCUAUACAGCUGUUUGAUGAAAUGCCUGACAGGGAUGUGGCAUGUUGGAAUACGGUGAUUUCCUGUUAUUAUCAAGAUGGGCAAGCUAAACAAGCGUUGGAAUUGUUUGAAAGAAUGAGAGGUUCUGGGUUUGAGCCUAACUCGGUGACACUCACAACUGUUAUUUCAUCGUGUGCAAGGCUUUUAGAUUUGGAAAGAGGGAAGGAGAUUCACAUGGAGUUGGUGAGAAAUGGUUUUGAGUUGGAUGGUUUCAUCAGCUCUGCUCUUGUGGACAUGUAUGGAAAGUGCGGUUGUUUAGACAUGGCUAUAGAGGUUUUUGAGCACAUUUCAAGAAAGACUGUGGUUUCAUGGAACUCCAUGAUUGCAGGAUACAGUUUAAAAGGUGACAGUAGAUCAUGCAUGGAACUCUUUAAAAGGAUGAACAAGGAAAGAAUUAAACCCACUUUGACUACUUUAACCAGCAUAUUAAUGGCUUGUUCAAGAUCAGCCCAACUGCAACACGGAAAAUUCAUACAUGGAUAUAUAGUAAGAAACAAAAUAGAGGCUGACAUCUUUACUGAAAGCUCCUUAAUUGAUUUAUACUUCAAAUGUGGAUGGGUUGGAUCUGCUGAAAAUGUUUUUGAAAUGAUGCCCAAGAAUAAUGCAGUUUCAUGGAAUGUCAUGAUUUCUGGAUAUGUGACAGUAGGCAAUUAUUUCAAUGCUCUUGGCAUCUUCUAUGAAAUGAAAGAAGCUGGUAUUAAACCAGAUGCCAUUUCAUAUACUAGUGUUUUACCAGCUUGUUCACAACUAGCAGCCUUGGAACAGGGUAAGGACAUUCACAACCAUGUCAUAGAGAGUAAGUUGGAAACCAAUGAAGUAGUUAUGGGGGCUCUGCUUGACAUGUAUGCUAAAUGUGGUGCAGUAGACGAAGCACUUAAUAUUUUUCAUCAAUUGCCUGAGAGAGAUGUUGUGUCAUGGACGUCAAUGAUCACAGCUUAUGGGUCUCAUGGUCAAGCUUUAGAAGCUUUGAAGCUGUUUGGUGAAAUGCAGCAGUCCAAUGCAAAACCAGACAUAGUGACUUUCCUUGCAGUUUUAUCUGCUUGUAGCCAUGCCGGAUUGGUUGAUGAAGGUUGUCAUCAUUUUAAUAAAAUGAUCACUGAGUAUGGUAUUAGUCCCAGAAUUGAACACUACUCAUGCUUGAUUGAUCUUCUUGGACGUGCUGGAAGAUUGCAUGAAGCUUAUGGGAUUCUCCAAAGAACCCCAGAAAUUAGUGAGGAUGUUGGGUUAUUAAGCACACUAUUUUCCGCAUGCCGUUUGCACAGAAAUGUAGAUUUGGGGGUAGAAAUUGCAAAAUUGCUUAUCAAGAAGGAUCCUGAUGAUCCAUCAACUUAUAUUAUUUUAUCAAAUAUGUAUGCAUCUGCAAAAGAAUGGGAUGAGGUGCGCAAGGUGAGAUCUAAGAUGAAAGAGCUAGGAUUGAAGAAGAACCCUGGGUGUAGCUGGAUUGAGAUUAACAGUAGGGUCCAACCUUUCUUUAUUGAUGAUAAGUCACACCCACAUGCUGAGAUGGUGUAUGAAUGCCUCAAAUUACUUACCAGUCACAUGGAGAAAGAUGAGCUGUUUUCAUGUUGUAGAUGAGUCAAAUGAUGUACUAACUUGCAGCUACUUGUAUUCAAAUGAGACAGAAGUGUGAAAAUCCUGUGUGUGAAUUUUGAGGGUGAGUUGGAUAUAUUGGUGAAUGCAAGCGUUUGUUUUGAGAAUGGGUGAGUCUAAGAGUAGUACUGGUAUUGGUUGCGAUGGAGUCUAGUUUUUUUGGUUUGUGUGGAUGUCAUGAACGAAUAGGAUGGCUUUGGAUCUUAGCUGGACCAGCCCAAUUGAAUGGGACAUCGAGCAGGCCAUUACUGUCUAAAGAAAGGAGCAUACUUGCUUAAGUAUUGAAGGAGGAAGUCCAAGUUUUGUCCAUUGCAGUUUCUAAUGCCUAUCUUGAAUCCUUGAUAACCUCUUAUUGGAGCCAGAAAAUUGCAAGUAGAUCAACAGCUAAACCAUAAGCACAAAGCACACCAACCCCAUAGUUUUCUACCCGAUGAUUACCCUCUGUCUGCAGCAUAGGAGCUAUUAAUACAAAUUACCUUAAAUCAAAGAGAGGUGGUGCCUCCAUUUACAAAUAAUGAUAAUUUUUACUUGGAGGAAGACUUGCAAACCCUCUUCCCUGUAUCUUCCACAACUUUCUGUAAUUGAACCAUUACCAGUAGUUUAUUAUUGACGUACGUUUUUAGUUUCUUCUUUGGAAUUUGCUGGUCAAAAUAGAUAUUUGGUGAUCUAUGGUGUUUAUAGUUUUUCA